CCUGCCAACCACUGUUGCCCCAACAACCACCACCACCACUGUGGCUUCUACUACGGCAAUUAAAACUGCAGGUCCUACAACAACAACCACAACUGCUGCUCCUACAAUGACUACAACUGCAGCAUCUACAAGUACAACCACAAUCGUACUUCCUACCUUGACAACGACAACUGCAACUUUUACCUCAACUUCUAUGGCUUCAGUGACAUCAACAACUAGAUUUGGCACAGUGAUGUUUUUUGUUAGACUGAUGUUCCAGCUCAACACACCAGUCCCCACUAAGGAUGAUGUCCUUGGUGUCGUCGACAAGCAACUGUAUCUUCAAUUCAACAAUCAGACAAACACUCAAACCACCUUCCAGAAUGGAACUUAUAUCAAACUUACAGAUACUUCAUUUGCCGUCGAUCUUGGUUUCAAAAUAACCAAUGUAACCAUGGAGUCGCAAAGCAAUAGCCUCACUCUCACCAAUGAGACCUACAGCCAGAUAGAGGAUUCAAUUAACAGCCUACUCCAUGAUAUUCUUUGUAAACCAGACGGCAAACAGUUUGACUUUCCCAAACCCAACUUCACUACUGUUGGCACUCAAAUCAGGGCAGACGUGAUGUAUGUAUACAAAAAGGAAGACAUCAACCUCCCUAGUGCUUUUCUAGAGGAAGUCUUUAAAGUCUCAGUGACAUCAACAACUAGAUUUGGCACAGUGAUGUUUUUUGUUAGACUGAUGUUCCAGCUCAACACACCAGUCCCCACUAAGGAUGAUGUCCUUGGUGUCGUCGACAAGCAACUGUAUCUUCAAUUCAACAAUCAGACAAACACUCAAACCACCUUCCAGAAUGGAACUUAUAUCAAACUUACAGAUACUUCAUUUGCCGUCGAUCUUGGUUUCAAAAUAACCAAUGUAACCAUGGAGUCGCAAAGCAAUAGCCUCACUCUCACCAAUGAGACCUACAGCCAGAUAGAGGAUUCAAUUAACAGCCUACUCCAUGAUAUUCUUUGUAAACCAGACGGCAAACAGUUUGACUUUCCCAAACCCAACUUCACUACUGUUGGCACUCAAAUCAGGGCAGACGUGAUGUAUGUAUACAAAAAGGAAGACAUCAACCUCCCUAGUGCUUUUCUAGAGGAAGUCUUUAAAGUCUCAGGUAUGCUGCUUUUGUUGCUAUUUCUGUCCUACAACAACAACCACAACUGCUGCUCCUACAAUGACUACAACUGCAGCAUCUACAAGUACAACCACAAUCGUACUUCCUACCUUGACAACGACAACUGCAACUUUUACCUCAACUUCUAUGACUUCAGUGACAUCAACAACUAG